AUUAAUUGUACGUACUGUCCACUGCACAAUAAAAUAUUUAAAAUUCCGCUUUCGCAAAAAAUAAUAUUAUGUUUGCGUAUUUUUGGUUCCGAUUCUUCAAAACUGACUAGUAAAUAUGUUUACAUUUUCUUUUCAGAUUCAGUCAUUAAUAUUUGUAGGGAAUUUAAUUAUCUUUUGCUAUGGUUUCUAUGUACCCGGCGUUGCGCCGGUUGAAUAUCGAAAGGGGCAAAGAAUUGAAGUUAGAGCUGUUAAAAUGACGAGUAUACACACGCAACUACCAUAUGAAUAUUAUUCUUUACCACUUUGUAUACCCAAAAAUGGAACAUUCCAAUACAAAUCGGAGAAUUUGGGUGAAGUUUUGCGAGGUGACCGAAUUGUAAACACUCCAUAUGAAAUACACAUGGCUGAGAAUAUAAAAUGCAGACUCCUCUGCCAUAAGCAAAAUAAUCCAAUGAAUUGGAAUGUUGAUGAAUCUGAUAAAGUUGCAAGUCGCAUUGAACAUGAAUAUUUUGUGCAUUUGUUAGUGGAUAAUUUACCAGUUGCAACUAAAAUAAUAAAUGCUGACACUUUAGAACGAAGCAUAGAACAAGGUUACCGUCUUGGAUUCAUGUCAAAGGGCAAAGCAUAUAUCAAUAAUCAUUUGAAGUUACUUCUUAAGUACCACAAGCACAGUCAAGAUUCAUAUAGAGUAGUAGGUUUUGAAGUGGAGACAUAUUCAGUAGAUAAAGCUGAAUUGACUUUUGCUGAGGAAUCAUGUGGCUAUCCAUCUGAACCAAGGCCACAGCUUGUUAAUGAAGACACAGGAACAAAAUUGUACUUCACAUAUUCGGUUGAGUGGGGAGAGUCUGAUAUAGAAUGGGCAUCAAGAUGGGAUAUUUAUUUAGGCAUGAAAGAUGUGCAAAUUCACUGGUUUUCUAUUGUCAAUUCAAUAGUGGUACUUUUCUUCCUGUCAGGUAUUCUCACAAUGAUCAUGGUUCGAACACUAAGAAGAGACAUUGCUAGAUAUAACUCUGACGAAAAAGUUGAAGAUAUGAUUGAAGAAACAGGUUGGAAACUAGUUCAUGGAGAUGUAUUCAGGCCACCUCCGAAAAGAAUGCUCUUUGCAGCUGUGAUUGGAAGUGGAAUACAAAUUUUUCUAAUGUCUCUCAUAACUAUUGUAAUUGCUAUGCUUGGAAUGUUGUCACCAGCUAGCCGCGGAGCUCUAAUGACAGCUGCAAUAUUCCUCUACGUGUUUAUGGGUCUAAUUGCUGGUUACUACUCAGCUCGCUUGUAUAACACUCUGAAAGGAAAACAAUGGAAGCAUGCAGCAUUCCUAACUGCCACACUUUAUCCAGCAAUCGUUUUUGGGACUUGUUUCUUUUUAAACUUUUUCAUUAUGGGUAAACACUCCAGUGGGGCAGUACCUUUCUCAACUAUGAUGGCUCUAUUGUGUCUAUGGUUUUGUAUAUCGCUGCCCCUAGUAUAUUUAGGCUAUUAUUUCGGGUGUCGUAAGCAGCCGUUUCAACAUCCCGUGCGAACAAACUUUAUACCUAGAAAAGUACCUGAACAACUUUGGUAUAUGAACACAUACGUAUGUAUUUUGAUGGCUGGUAUACUACCAUUUGGUGCUGUGUUUAUAGAGCUUUUCUUCAUAUUCAAUGCUCUAUGGGAAAAUCAAUUUUACUAUCUUUUUGGGUUCCUGUUUUUAGUGUUUUGCAUAUUAGUUAUAUCAGUAUCCCAGAUUUCUAUCGUGAUGGUGUACUUUCAACUCUGUGGUGAGGAUUAUCACUGGUGGUGGAAAAGCUUUAUCAUAUCUGGAGGAUCUGCUGUUUAUAUUCUCGUUUAUUCAAUAUUCUAUUUCUUCACAAAACUGGAAAUAACGGAGUUCAUACCCACCUUACUUUACAUUGGUUACACAGGCCUCAUGGUUUUAACGUUUUGGCUUUUAACUGGAACCAUUGGAUUCUUUGCCGCAUACACAUUUAUCAGAAAAAUUUACGCUGCGGUGAAAAUUGACUAAUUCUUUGAAAAGAAAAACAAAUCCAUUGCAUUUGGUGCGCGAAUUAAAAAUAAACAUUCAGUUUGCUGAUUUGGUUGAGUGUAAUAGACUAAUUGUUUGAAUAUCAAUCGUAAAAUUUAUGAUUUUUAUUGCAAGUUAUUGCAUAUCUGGACUAUUUAAAUAGUAAUGCUUUAAAUCUAUGUAGUAGGCAAUUCUAAUUUAUAAGGAUAUUUUAACAAUAUUUAGUUAUACAACGUGUAACGGAAUUACGAAAUACUGGUCAAGGGUCCCUGAGUAUUAAAUCAAAAGAAGCAUUUAUUUCACCAUACAAAUCAAUUUAAAACAUUCUCGGUGUUUACUUAUGGCAACUCUAUUGAAGAUAGAUGACCGACACGUGUAUAGUACCUACACUACGCGGCGGGUACCUAAUAAAGUGACAGAAGUCACUUGAUUUUACUUUUGCAAGUGAUGUUAGGGCUGUAUCUAAUUUCUUUCUGUAAAUACUAUGGCAAUGGUUUACACAAAAACUAUGAGCGUUUCGGUAUGACAAAUAGGUCUCAGAGACGGUAAAUAAUGAACCUCUAUUUCUUUUUUCAUUUCCACGUUGUAUAUUAAUGCCAAUUUAGUUGUACACAAAUCUCUAUACUUAUUUAAAUUGGCAAGUUAACUGUAGUGCUAUUUAUUUAUUUUGUUUUAAAUUCUUACUAAUACAAUUUCGAAAGUGUGUGCACCUGCACCUGCUAGCAACCUGGAGAUUUUUGAGAUGAGCCCGGGCAAUUGAAUGGUGAAUUACAAUAAUAAGUUUACGGUGUAUCUAACAAACGUGGAUAAAUAACAGUAGGUGAGUAAGGGUGCAACUUCCGAUCAGAUCAGUACAGUCGUCACCCUCCUAUUCCCUUAUCGUACCGUACCUUACUGGCGUCCUUAGUGAGAGUCCUUUCCUCGCAUUUACCGCUGCAUUUUUACGCCACUACAAGCUAGCGUAAAAAGCCUUUACCGAUAUCUCACCUCGUGGUAAAUGAUGAUGCCAUCUACGAUGCUAGCGGGCGGGAAGUUAGGGGUAAGGCAGUUUCAGUAAAUCCACCCGAACGCUGAAACUUUUAAAGGCACGUCUAAGGUGGUAACUAGGAACGGCGAAAGCCUCCCUUACAUUGUAACUUCAGAAAUAAUAUAUUUUCAAGUUGUCCCUACCAGAUCUCGAAACCCCCCAAAGUUAUUAACACUCAUCGCUCACCAUUGCGCCAGCGAGGUCGUCAAAAAUAUCACCAGUCAAUUUAGUUUGUAGAGUUUCGUGUACAAUCGAAUUUGAACCAAUGUGUGAUGAUUUUGAGUGUGAAAGUAUGAGUUCAGUCUUGCUGUCCCCUAUAUAUAUAAUAAUAUAUAUAUAAAAAUAAGCUGAACGCACAUUACGAAUCGAAAUGUACGAUCCGCACGCAUCGUAAUCUCAUUUUCAGUUAUUAGUAUAGAAGUAAUGGAAAGGUAUCAUGUGGACGUCAGAACAAUAAUGCAUUGUCAUUAUUUUUGCGCAUCUGAUGCCGUUGAGGAGUGCUGUAUUGACGAACAGUUUUGCACGUGACGUUUGAGAUUAUGCUCGUAAUUUGCAACAGCAUUAAAAUGUAUUGUUAUAAAUGAUCAAAAUGACACUGUUACGUCUUACGUGGUUUCUUUACAUUAAGCUUUAAUGGAAUAUUUGAUCACUAUUGGGUCGAGAUUUGUACCUUGAAUAGGUAAUUAAUUGUUGAAUCUAGUAGUAUUUUCUUUUUUAUUUCGGUCUCUUAACCUUAGAUAUUUUUAAAAAUAUACUUAAAAUGCUUAGAAACUUACAAAUCAACAGAUAGGUACUGUGAAAUGACAAAAAAAUUGUGUUAAAUACAAGAGGUAUACCUACACCUUUAAAUAGCUUAUGUUUGCUGUUUCAUUAAAAGUACAACCUUUUUAUGUUAUUUAUAUAUAUUCACGUAACGUAUAUUUUAUUUGUAUUUGCGGUUCCACUUGUACAAAAUAAUGUAUAAUGUACAAAACCAAACUUAUGAAUCAAACAUACAGCGGAAGUGAUUUUACACAAUAUCUCAGUGUAAAUUUAUAAUACACGAUAUUUAUUUUUUUCCUGAUCCAAUGAUCCUCUCAAUGAUCGUGUCUAAAAAAUAAUGAUUUCAAAAUAUUUAAACAUGAAUUUGAAAUUAUGCACUGUAUCCAUAAUUUAAAUAAUUAU